UACCACCCAACUCAGUAUGCAAACUCCACUACAAAAGUAAUCGAUUUUAGUAGGGUUUUUUUUCAUCAAAUUUCCCCCAAAUCCCUUCCCCUCACCACAAUCUUCCCUUGCUUGUGUUCGUGGAGCGUCUUCCCCUGCUUGGGUCGAGCGUCGAGGUCGAGGUCGAGGUGGCGAGACGUCGAGGACUUUGCUGAAGGGUACCUGAGGCGAUUUUUAUCACUUCCGUCUCCAAUCCCUCAAACUCAAAUUAGCUUUUGAAGACAUCGUUGUAGCUAGUAGAGGUUGCAAGGUGAAUCAGAAAAUUAAUUGGGUCCAGGACCUUAUUCUCUUUGUAUAUAUUGGUGGUGCUUUUGAUCUCUUUCAUGCUGGACAUUUAGAGGGAUCUUGAGGCUUGGUAGGGUUUGCAGCUUUGGGUUUCUUUAAUUGCUUGUUUUUAAUUCCUGAAGUAAGUUUUGAAGACAAAAGAUCCCGUAUCAAAGCUUCCACAUGAAACCCUAGAAAUGAGUGCUGCAGGUGGUGCGUUUGGUGGCAACAGGGGGCUCCGUCCAGUGCCUCCCGAAAAGGGAAUAUUCCCAUUGGACCGUUUGCAUUUGUGUGACCUAGAGAAGGUGGAAUAUCUAAAUUGUUUGAAGACUGCUGGCCACCAGUCUGAAAAAUGCAGGCAAUUCUCAAAAAAAUACCUGCAGUGUCGUAUGGAGAGGAGCUUGAUGGCAAAACAAGACUUGGCUGAACUAGGUUUUAAGGAAAGUAAUGUAGAAACUCUUGGAGGGAAAGUUACUGAUAGGGUUGUCACUCAAGACCAAUAAACCCGAAGAAUUAAGAAUGCAUAUUGAUUUCGAGGUAGAGUUUUGGUAAUGCCAUUUUUGCCGUUAUCUUCCCAUUCGUUUGAAAAGUAAUGUCUAAGCAUGCUCUGAGAACAAAAGAUGUCAGUGAAUAGAAGAUGGUGAACAAUUUGUCCCAUUCCCUCUUUUAGACCCGUGGUUAUAAUUAUAUGGACGUUGAUUUUGUUCCUUCAUUGCAAUGAUUAAAAAAUUGACUGGGUUAGGCUAGUCAAUUCAAUCGAAAGAUUGGUGAACAAGUUAGCCGUUUUGUUUGUUUCAUUCGACCAUAUAAUUUCAAUUUAUAAUUGAAAGAUAUUAUCAUUAAUUUCAA